AUGGCUGAGUACAACUGUGAUGACCCCGUAGCAUCUCUGCUCUCUCCAAUGGCUUUUUCCAGUUCCUCAGCCCUCGCUGGUACUCCUAGUGCAGCACAGCUCAACAGGAGAGUUGGAACUGGUGGUUGGUCCCCAGCUGACUCCAAUGCCCAACAGUGGCUCCAGGUGGACCUGGGAAAUCGAGUAGAGAUCACAGCGGUGGCCACGCAGGGAAGAUAUGGAAGCUCCGACUGGGUGACGAGCUACAGCCUGAUGUUCAGUGACACAGGACACAACUGGCAGCAGUACAGGCAGGAAAACAGCAUCUGGACCUUCUCGGGGAACGUGAAUGCUGACAGCGUGGUGCACCACAAGCUCCAACACUCUGUGAAAGCCCGCUUCGUUCGCUUUGUGCCCUUGCAGUGGAACCCAAGUGGGAAGAUUGGCAUGAGGGUCGAGGUCUAUGGAUGCUCCUACAAAUCUGAUAUUGCCAACUUUGACGGCCAGAGCUCGCUGCUGUACAGGUUCAGUCAGAAGCUCAUGAGCACUCUCAAAGAUGUCAUCUCUCUCAAGUUCAAGAGCCUGCAAGGAGAUGGGGUCCUGUUCCAUGGAGAGGGUCAGCAUGGAGACCACAUCACCCUGGAGCUCCAGAAAGGAAGGCUCGCCCUGCAUCUCAACUUGGAUGACAGCAAGGCGCGGCUCAGCAACAGCCUGCCCUCAGCCACCCUGGGCAGCCUCCUCGAUGACCAGCACUGGCACUCAGUCCUGAUUGAGCGGGUAGGCAAGCAAGUGAACUUCACUGUGGACAGGCACACGCAGCACUUCAGAUCCAAGGGUGUGACGAACACUUUGGACAUUGACUAUGAGCUUAGCUUUGGAGGAAUUCCUGUCCCAGGCAAGCCAGGGGCCUUUUUGAAGAAAAAUUUUCAUGGAUGUGUUGAAAAUCUCUACUACAAUGGAGUAAACAUAAUCGACCUGGCUAAGAGACGAAAGCAUCAGAUCUACACGGUGGGCAAUGUCACUUUUUCCUGCUCUGAACCACCCAUCGUUCCCGUCACAUUUGUCAACUCCAGCAGCAGUUACUUGCUGCUGCCUGGGACCCCACGAAUCAAUGGGCUCUCAGUGAGUUUCCAGUUUAGAACAUGGAAUAAGGAUGGGGUGCUUCUGUCCACGGAGCUGUCUGAGGGCUCGGGGACCCUGCUGCUGAGCCUGGAGGGCGGCAUCCUGAGGCUCCUCAUCCAGAGAACCACUCAGCACGUCGCAGAAAUCCUCACAGGCAGCAAUCUGAAUGAUGGCCUGUGGCAUGCGGUCAGCAUCAGCGCCAGAAGAAACCGCAUCACUCUCACUAUCGAUAAUGACGCAGCAUCCGCAGCUCAAGACACUACCCCGGUGCAAAUUUAUUCAGGAAGCAGCUACUACUUCGGAGGGUGCCCCGACCAUCUCACCGAGUCCCAAUGUCUCAGUCCCGUUAAGGCUUUCCAAGGCUGCAUGAGGCUCAUCUUCAUUGAUAACCAGCCCAAGGACCUCAUUUCAGUUCAGCAAGGUGCCCUGGGGAAUUUUAGUGGUUUACACAUUGAUCUGUGUAGCAUCGAAGACAGGUGUUUGCCAAACUACUGUGAACAUGGAGGGAGCUGCUCCCAGUCCUGGUCCACCUUCCAUUGCAACUGCAGUGACACAGGCUACACUGGUGCUACUUGCCAUAACUCCAUCUAUGAGCAGUCCUGCGAGGUGUACAGGCAUCAAGGGAACACAGCCGGUCUCUUCUACAUCGACUCAGACGGCAGCGGGCCCCUGGCACCUCUCCGAGUGUACUGCAAUAUCACUGAGGACAAGAUCUGGACUACAGUGCAGCACAACAAUGCAGAGCUGACACGUGUGCAGGACUCCAGCCAUGAGAAGUCCUAUAUCACGACCUUGGACUACGGUGGAAGCAUGGAGCAGCUGGAGGCUCUGAUUGAUGGCUCAGAGCACUGUGAGCAGGAGAUGGCUUACCGCUGCCGGAGAUCUCACCAGACCAACAAUGCAGAUGGAGCACCAUACAUCUGGUGGAUCGGACGGUCCAAGGAAAAGUUCCCAUUCUGGGGAGGUCCCCCUCCUGGCCCCCAGCAGUGUGAAUGUGGCCUGGGCAAAGGUUUCCUGGACAUUCCACGCUUUUGCAACUGUGACAUGGACAAGGAUGAAUGGAUAAAUUAUACUGGGUUUCUUUCCUUCAAAGACCACUUGCCUGUUGCUCAGAUAAUUAUCGCUGAUACCAACAGAUCAGAUCCAGAAGCUGUUUGGCGAGUUGGUCCCUUGCGUUGCUAUGGUGACCGACACUUGUGGAAUGCAGUCACGUUUGACACAGAAGCCUCUUACCUCCAGUUCUCUGCCUUCCAUGCGGAAUUCAGUGCUGACAUUUCCUUCUUCUUUAAAACCACGGCUUUAUCUGGAGUUUUUCUGGAAAAUCUUGGCAUGAAAGACUUCAUCCGACUUGAAAUAAGCUCUCCUUCCGAGGUUACCUUUGCCAUCGAUGUUGGGAAUGGUCCUCUGGAGCUCAUCGUUCAGUCCCCUUCUCCUCUGAAUGACAACCAGUGGCACCAUGUCCAGGCUGAGAGGAACCUCAAGGAGACCUCACUGAAGGUGGACAACCUGCCCAGGAACACCAGAGAGACCAUGGAGGGUGGCCAUUUCCCACUGCAGCUCAACGGCCAGUUGCUUGUAGGAGGAACAUCAUCGAGACAGAAAGGUUUCCAAGGAUGUAUCCGCUCUUUACAUGUGAAUGGACAGAAACUGGACCUGGAGGAGAGAGCCAAGGACACAUCUGGGGUCAGGCCCGGGUGCCCUGGCCACUGCAGCAGCUAUGGCAGCCUCUGUCACAACGGGGGCAGGUGUGUAGAGAAGCACAGUGGCUUCCUGUGUGACUGCACCAGCUCACCGUAUGAAGGGCCCUUUUGCAACAAAGAGGUUUCUGCUGUUUUUGAGGCUGGGACAUCGGUUACUUACACCUUUCAAGAACCCUACCCUGUGACCAAGAACUUUAGUCUGUCAUCUUCAGCUAUUUACACAGAUGCAGUGCCAUCCAAGGAGAACAUUGCACUGAGCUUCAUGACAGGCCGGGCACCCAGCCUCCUGCUCUUCAUUAAUUAUUCUUCCCAGGACUUCCUGGCUGCUCUGCUCUGUAAGAAUGGAAGCUUACAGAUCCGCUAUCAGUUGAGCAAGGAAGAGUCCCACGUAUUCACCAUUGACGCAGAGAACUUUGCUAACAGAAGGAUGCAUCACUUGAAGAUAAACCGAGAAGGGAGAGAGCUUACCAUGCAGGUGGACCAGCAACCCCAGCACAGCUUUAGUUUCUCUUUGGAAGCCAGCCUCAGGACUGCCAGGUCCUUGACCCUGGGCAAAGUCACAGAAAGCUUUGUCCUGGAUCCUGAAGUUGCUAAAGCAAACACCUUGGGUUUCCUCGGAUGCCUGUCUUCAGUCCUUUAUAACCACAUAGCACCGUUGAAGGCAGCCCUGCGUCACAGUACCACUGCGCCUGUGACCAUCCAAGGGACCUUGGCAGAGGCCAGCUGUGGCUCCUCGCUGGAAUUUGAUGUCAAUGCCAUGAUCACUGAGCAUUCUUUAUCAGAUUCCUUUGGGAAGGUGGAUGAGCGGGAACCACUCACCAAUGCAGUUCAAAGUGAUUCGGCAAUCAUUGGAGGGGUCAUAGCACUGGUGAUAUUCAUCAUCUCCUGCAGCAUCGCCAUCAUGAUCCGCUUCCUGUACCAGCACAAGCAGUCCCUUCGCACAAGCCAGAUCAAGAAGGAAUACCCUGAAGAUUUGGACAGCACCUUCAGAAAUGAGAUUGACUUACAGGACACAACGAAUGAGUGUAAACAGGAGUAUUUCAUCUGA